AUAAUGCGGCGUUUUACACCUCGCUCUUUUGAUCUGAUUUCACGCGUUUUAUUUUUGUCGCUAAAAAAAUUGGGAUCUGCAGAAUAUGGCGCCCUGUCCUUAUAAAAAUAAGACAGGCUGCCAUUUUUGUUUUCCUUUUGUCUGCAAUUUUUAAUAAAACUGUCUGAGAAUGUGGGAGAGGCAGACACCGGGGACCCGGGCUUUCAGAAGCCACGAAACGCGUCCGUUCGCGUUAUUUUGCGAGCGUUUUUAAUUUGAUGCUUGAUCAAAGGCGACGUGCUUUAAUUGAGAAUGAUUUCAAGGAUGCAGAUAGAAUAAAAGAAAAAGUUGAAAUGGCAGAACCUCGAUUUAAUAAUCCAUACUUCUGGCCUCCUCCACCUUCUAUUCCUGGUCAGUUGGAUAACCUCAUGCUGAUCAACAAGAUCAAAGAACAGCUCAUGGCGGAGAAAAUCAGACCUCCACACCUGCCGCCCACUUCUGUCCCUUCCCAGCAGCCCUUACUGCUCGGACAGCCCAUGGUGACAGAAGGUGGGCAGCACAAUAUAUCGACGCCCAAGCUGCAGCAGAUGCCGGGACUCCACGCUCACAGCACCACCCAGGCCGACAUCGCCCUACACGCACGACCCGCCUCCAGCACCGUCGCAGGUCGUAUUCUGGGUGACGUAAACUUGAAUCUGGACGAUAAAACAGCUAUUAAAGCAAGAGGAUUGUGGGAAGACUGGCAUUUGCGGCAAAUCAUAGACCAGCCAUCCAGAGCGAAUCAUCUGUCAGGACUGUCACUGACGUCUUCUCGAAUUGCCAACCACAACACAUCAGAGAGCGUGACGCCGACCACCCUGACCACUCCAACCACCAGCAGUCAGACACGUCAGAGCGGCGCACCUUCCCCAAACCUCAUCUCGGGACUCUCCUGUGGGCUGGGGAUGGACAUAAUCAAAAAUAGCGGAGGACUGGCAGGACUGCUGGGUCCUCCUCCGAAGAGCAUAGGACGAGGUCGCAAAAAGAUCAAAGCUGAAAACCCAUCUGGGCCGCUCUUUGUCGUUCCCUACCCAAUCCUGGCCUCUGGAGCCGACCAAUCAACUGUCAGCAUCACUGCCAAAGAGGGCAAAACCUACAGAUGUAAAGUGUGUCCGCUGACGUUCUUCUCCAAGUCAGACAUGCAGAUACACUCCAAGUCCCACACGGAAGCAAAGCCUCACAAGUGCCCUCACUGCACCAAGUCCUUCGCCAACGCGUCCUACCUGUCCCAACACCUGCGCAUUCACCUGGGAGUGAAGCCGUAUCACUGCUCCUACUGCGAGAAGUCCUUCCGCCAGCUCUCACACUUACAGCAGCACACCAGAAUCCACACAGGUGAUCGGCCAUAUAAAUGUCUCCAACCAGGCUGUGAAAAGGCCUUCACACAGCUCUCCAAUCUGCAAUCUCACCAGAGAUCACAUAAUAAAGACAAGCCUUACAAGUGCUCCAACUGUUACCGCACUUACUCGGACUCCGCCUCCCUCCAAAUCCACUUGUCUGCUCACGCAAUCAAAAACGCCAAGGCAUUUUGCUGCAGCAUGUGUGGUCGAGCCUACACCUCAGAAACCUACCUUAUGAAACACAUGUCUAAGCACAUGGUGGUAGAACAUCUGGUGAGUCAACACUCGCCGCAAAGGACCGACUCGGCCAGCGUUCCCGUUCGCAUUUCCCUCAUCUGAGACCCUGGUCCUGGACCAGUCCGCGGUCGGUUGGUCAGUUCCCAAUCUUGGCAUAAGCAAGCCAAAUCACCCAUUCUCGGUGGUUUGACAUUUAUUUUUUUGUGUGUUUGUUAGUUUGUUUUAGUUUUUGAGAACAUUCCGACAUGUAUCAGUUUGUGUGGAUAGAGGCUCAAAACACAACAGCGGUUUGGGCAGUUUCUAUUACACACAUUCCUCUUCUCCAACUCGUCGUUGAGUUGAGAGGGAAUAAUCGGGAAAUCCAAAGAUGGUUUCACAGCACUUUCAGGCCACACAGUUUUGGCUUUAAAAGUUUCUGCUCUUGGCAGCUAAGCGUUUGGGACUGUAGGUAUUAUGCAUUAUAAAAUCACAGGACAUAUGUUGUAUGUUUUAAGCUUGGACCAAGUCCAGUACCUCCUCUCAUAUUUUUCUAUGCCGUCUGGGAAAAAUCCCUUUCUUUUGGGCAACUCAGAGUUGGUUUGGAGACCAGUGGUCUUGUGUUUUGAUAAUGUCAAUCAUAAAAUGUUUUCAUUUCAUUUAUUAAAACAUUUCCUUGCUUGUAGGGAAAUCGGACAUCGAAAUGAAAAUAGCUUUAGCAUUAAAGUUAACUCCUCAAGAGGACUGUUAUAAAUCUGACUUUAUAGACAAAUCAGCACAUUUGGAUGUUUUGCAAGAUUGAUCCCUUAGUGCUUCACAAAUUUUUGAGGUCUGGUGCCAAAAAUGGAAUAUGAAAAUGGCAAAAGAUUCUGAUGUUUCAGAAUAGACAUGUAUAACAUUUAAAAAUUACACUUAAACCUGCGACGAUUCAUGUUACAGAUGUCAGCAUGCAUUUGACAUUCUAGAUGAGUGAAAACUGUCAGGAAAUGUCCAGAUUACUAUAUUUUGCAUAAAAGAAAAUGAAGAUU